AUGGUCAACGUUCCUAAGCUCAGAAAAACCUACUGCAAGGGAAAGGAAUGCCGUAAGCACACCCAGCACAAGGUCACUCAAUACAAGGCUGGUAAGGCUUCCUUGUUCGCUCAGGGUAAGAGAAGAUACGACCGUAAGCAGUCCGGUUUUGGUGGUCAAACCAAGCCAGUUUUCCACAAGAAGGCUAAGACCACCAAGAAGGUUGUCUUGAGAUUGGAGUGUGUCAACUGUAAGACCAAGGCUCAAUUGUCCUUGAAGAGAUGUAAGCACUUCGAGUUGGGUGGUGACAAGAAGCAAAAGGGUCAAGCUUUGCAAUUCUAA